AUGCAUAAUCACCUUGAACGAAUAAACAACUGUCUACAAGCAAUGGAUAUUGAAGAAGCAGAUAAUACAGUUUUAUCUUCUCCUGUCUCUCUCAAUCCCAUGGUUUGUCACCAGAAUGGAGUUUUUUCUCUUGAAGAUCUUGCUUGGGUUGAUUCCUGCCUAAAUAAGGAUUCCGAUAUUUCAGAAAGUGAUUGGACCCCUCUCAGGGAUGCUUUGCCCGAUAUUUCAGAAAGUGAUUGGACCCCUCUCAGGGAUGCUUUGCCCGAUAUUGUCAGUUCCCAAUCUCAAUCAUUCAGGGUUGAUGCUAGACAAAACAAUCAAACUCACCACUACAGAAAGGGGAAAAACAUUACUUCACCACAUAUUCAAGAAUCUUCGACUUCUAAUGCAAAUUGCUUACAAAACGUUGCUAAUCAAACAAGCACUGAUAAAAUUCUAGAGGAUGAAUUGGCUGGGACGACUUUCCAAGGAGAUCCUUUUCUGCCGACUUAUAAUGAAGACCUAAAGCCAACUUAUGAGAUGGAACAUGCAUCUGAGAAUAUCUUCAAGGCCUGGAAUUUGAAUUGUGCAAAUGAUGAGAUGGAGGAGGCAUCUGAGAAUAUCUUCAAAGUAUGGGAUUUGGACAUUCCAGUUGAGGAAGGUGAACUCGUUAAACAGUUGAAGAAAGCCCUAUCCGUUUUGGAUGAUUCAGAAAAAGGGAAGGACUUGAAGGAAGGGUCGCAUGACAAUCUUAUUGCUGGCAACGACUUGAAUGAAGGGCCACUUGAUAAUCUUAUUGCUGCCAUUGCUGACUUGUCUUUAGAUAAAAAAGUUUAG